UGAACGAAGGAACUAACGGAGGAGAGAUCGAGCCCUGACCGGAUCUACCGGGAGGCAGCAGAGCUACACAGCGAGUCCCCGCAGCGCGCCCCGGAGGAGCCGAACGGAGGAAACGGUCCGCUGUGCGCCAGCCGCAGGAAGAAGCACCAAGCGAUGCGAGCGCAGCCCGCCGCCGCCCAGUAACCAGCCGAACCAGCGCCGAGGAGACCCGAAGGGACGGAGGUUUCCACCGUCAGGAGAACGCCACGAAAACGGACACGAAGCCAGCUGCGGUGGCUCCACCGUGCUCGCUUUCUUUCUUUUGGAUCACACCGACAGGAUCGCCGAUUUAAUGCGCUAACGGAGCGUCUGUGCCCGGCUUGAGAGAGAGGGAUCUGCCCAGAGAGAACCAGGGGAUCGAAGGCAGAGCUCAGAAAAGGUGGAAAUAUUCACAAUUCAAAGGAUCUGCAGUCAGAUUAGAUUUUCCCCCCUCCUCUUUGAUAUAAACCCGCUGGUCUGGUGCGGUUUCGUUGCGUGGAUCCUGGUACCGGUAACGCCAUCAAGCUGUGUUCUCUAACCAUGGGAUGUACGCUGAGCGCAGAGGAGAGGGCGGCUCUGGACCGGAGCAAAGCCAUCGAGAAGAACCUGAAGGAGGACGGGCUGACUGCGGCCAAAGAUGUCAAACUGCUGCUGCUCGGGGCUGGAGAGUCAGGGAAAAGCACCAUCGUCAAACAAAUGAAGAUCAUCCAUGAGGACGGUUUUUCUGGUGAUGACGUAAAGCAGUACAAGCCUGUCGUUUACAGCAACACCAUCCAAUCUCUGGCUGCCAUCGUCCGCGCCAUGGAUACGCUGGGCCUGGAGUACGGAGACAAAGAGCGCAAGGCGGACGCUAAGAUGGUGUGUGACGUCGUCAGUCGUAUGGAAGACACAGAGCCGUACUCCGCUGAGCUGCUGGGCGCCAUGAUGCGCCUGUGGGCCGACUCGGGCAUCCAGGAGUGCUUCAGCCGCGCCCGGGAGUACCAGCUCAACGACUCAGCGCAGUACUACCUCGACAGUCUAGAUCGGAUCGGUGCGGCCGACUACCAGCCCACAGAGCAGGACAUCCUCCGGACCCGAGUGAAGACCACAGGCAUUGUCGAGACGCACUUCACCUUCAAAAACCUUCACUUCAGGCUGUUUGAUGUGGGAGGUCAGCGGUCGGAGAGGAAGAAAUGGAUCCACUGUUUUGAAGAUGUGACGGCCAUCAUUUUCUGCGUGGCUCUGAGUGGAUACGACCAGGUUCUGCAUGAGGACGAAACCACGAAUCGCAUGCACGAGUCUUUGAUGCUGUUUGACUCCAUCUGCAACAACAAGUUCUUCAUCGACACCUCCAUCAUCCUCUUCCUCAACAAGAAGGAUCUGUUUGCAGAGAAGAUUAAGAAGUCUGCACUCAGCAUCUGUUUCCCAGAGUACACAGGACCCAACACCUACGAAGACGCGGCAGCUUACAUCCAAGCACAGUUCGAGAGCAAGAACCGCUCUCCAAAUAAGGAAAUCUACUGUCACAUGACCUGCGCCACGGAUACGGGGAACAUCCAGGUCGUGUUUGACGCUGUGACCGAUAUCAUCAUCGCCAACAACCUCCGAGGAUGUGGCUUGUACUGAGCGCGCCCACACACACCCUGGACCCCCUCCCUCCACCCACCACCAUUCCCCCUCCACUUUUCUCCCAUCCUUCCUGUCCUCCUCCUCUUCCUCCUAAUCCUCUGUCUUGUUCCUUUGGCACUGCUGUGGAAAUGAUGAUGGCGAUGAUAAUGAUGAUGAUUCUCUAAAGAAAAACAACAACAAAAAUCCAACUAGGUACAUAUUAAUAAUGAGGAUGAUUUUAAAAAAAAUAGGCAUACAUGCAUAUAAAUAUAAAUAUAUAUAUAAAUCUAUCUAAUGUUUUUGGUUCUUGUGUCCUCUCUGCUCUGAUUCCCCCUGAUGUCUUUUUUUGGUCUGUUGCCAAGCAAACAAAAUUAGUUUUAGUAGAAAAAAACCCAAACAUGCAGCCUUGAAACAUCUUGAACAAAGUUGAGGAAAGCCUCCGUUCCCGCUCUCUCACGUGGUCGACUGUGUGAUUUUUUUGUUUGUUUUUUGUUAACAAAACCGAAGCCUGUACGUUUGUUUUCUUGCAUACUUUUUUUUAUGUAUUGUUACUUUGAAAAUGAUGAUGCUGUUUUAUUUCUUUGAUGAUCGUGUGUAUAUUUAUUGAGUCUGUACACAGAUUUUUCUCACCUCUCACCUGUACUUUCUGUUUAAUUCUGGUCGUUUUGGGCUGUUUUAUGGCUUAUUAAUACUUUUUUUAUUUGCAGAAAUAUGUGUAUAUGUGAGCAGCACUAAAAUGCACCUGACAAGUUGGAUAAGAACGUAAAAAAAAUCUGCUAAAACUGGCUUGAUUAUUUUUGUUGUUUACAUUUGAGAAGACAUUUUAAGAUGUUGUUCUUUUUUGUUUUGAGUAACUUUUAACAUCUUCACAUUCAUGACCCAGUUUCCACCCAGGAUCCCCGGUUUCCUGUUUCCAUAAUCUGGUCUUUGUCAUUGGCCAGCCGCCGACCACAACCAGGCUCGAGAGCCAAUAGGAAGCUUGCUUACUGACUGAAUCGCCAGUGCUGUGUAACAGAGGCACUGCACUGUAGAUAGCUGCGCUUUUAGAAGCAGGUAAAACUCUACCUUCCUCCCCAUAAUAAUCUAAUAACAUUCUCCAUUUAAGAAAACUAAUUAAUUUAUUAAUUUAUUUAUUGACCAAUCGCCUGCCAUCCUCUCUUUCCUUGCUGUCGACUUUUGCAUGGCGCCCAGGCGUCGAGAUUUGACCCUUCCCCCCUCCUGUCCUUUUCAUUCUCUUCUUUUUCAUUUCCAACACAAAUAGCAUGAGUUACUCAACUUUGUAUAAAAAAAGACCAGUUAAUUGUUAAAACUUAUAACAUAAAGCUGCUUAUGAGGGGAAAAAAACACUUCAUAAAAAGUGCAAAUUAAAUGGAAAAACAAUAAAAAAAAAUAUGUGGAAGCAGCAACUGAAGGGGAAGCUGAUGGGUUUCUGAAUGGGGGGUGAGGGAUGAAUUAUGAGAAUAUGUCAGAAAAAUGUGAGUUUGAAGUUUCCGAGCAGGAACAGCUCACAUGUGAAGCUUUGAAGUGAAGAAAAGUUUAGAUUUUUCCUGCAGCAACACAAAGGGCAAAAAUCUCCCAGAGAAAAACCGCCUUCACCACGACACUGACCGACAUCAUGACGAUUUCUCAUGAUUUGUAGCUACGGAACGUUUUCUUUCUCCAUUUCACAUGAACCGAUGUUUGGUGGACGGUUCCGGUCGGACGGUGAGCUGACGAGGAACCACGGAGAACCCGGUGUUGCUGUAACGCUCCGCUCUGUGCCCCGCCCCCAGGCCCAAGCUCCACCUCCUCUGCCUGUUUCCCUGCAUUAGAACCGUCUCCUCACUUUAGCCUGACUCAGAACGAUUAAAUAUAAUAUUAUAACAAUAUCUAUUUUUUAUUAUUUCUGGGGGGGAUAAAAGAAAAACACUCUUUUUGUGGGGGAGAGCACGUUUCUGGCUGCAUCCGCUAGUUAGGGAUGCCGCAUGUUAACACAUCGGCGCUGUAUAAAUUCAUGCUCCUUCUUCUUCUCUAUCUCUUUUCAGUUUAGUGCACACCUUCCAGGUCUAUAAUGAAAAGCACAGUUCUCACCUCACACAUACACACUCGCUCACAUUCACGCAGACACACAAUGAGUAGAUUUGGAAAUUUGUUAUUUAUUCAUACCUGAUCUAUGUUUCCCCCUCAUCAAUCUAUCUAUAGAAACCUCUCUUUCUUGCCUUCUUGAUUUCUAGUUUUUAAAAAAAGAAAAAACUGUGUAUAAUGACACGAUGAAGCUGUUUUGGGUUUUUUUUGCAUUCCGUUCCUGUUAUCCUCAUGAUUUAUUUUUUCUUACCUACGUUCUGUUCUUUACCCAGUGAAUGCUUUUUUUCUGUGCAGCUUUUUUCUCUCUUUCUCUCCCUCUACUCUUCUUUAGUGAAUGGUUGUUAUUUCAUGUGGGAUGUCCGUGCUGGAAAAACCAAUCGAAUGUAGUGUUUACAUUAAAAAGCCACUGUUUUCAUGACUACAGAAAAAAUA